UGUUCACAAUUUUAUGGGCAGAGCAUAGCGUCCUUGGUUUUAAAAGAGGUUAGACCGUCAAUAACGACAAACAACGUUCUGGAUGUAAAGAAAAAUACUUAUAAAAGGAUAUAAAUCUUCUUCCAGGGACUGUGGCGGAUAUAAUUUAUCAAGAUGCCUCGUAUUAUGAUAAAAGGCGGCGUUUGGCGCAACACAGAAGAUGAAAUUCUCAAAGCGGCGGUUAUGAAAUAUGGCAAAAAUCAAUGGUCGAGAAUUGCAUCUUUACUACAUAGAAAGUCAGCAAAGCAGUGCAAGGCAAGAUGGUUCGAAUGGCUUGACCCAAGCAUCAAAAAGACUGAAUGGAGCAGAGAGGAAGAUGAAAAGCUGCUGCAUUUGGCCAAGUUGAUGCCCACUCAGUGGAGGACAAUUGCACCAAUUAUUGGAAGGACUGCUGCUCAAUGUUUGGAAAGAUAUGAAUAUCUACUGGAUCAGGCUCAAAAAAAGGAAGAGGGUGAAGAUGCAGCUGAUGACCCUAGGAAGCUUAAACCUGGUGAAAUUGAUCCUAAUCCUGAAACAAAGCCUGCCAGACCAGAUCCAAAGGAUAUGGAUGAAGAUGAACUGGAGAUGCUGUCAGAAGCUAGAGCAAGAUUAGCCAAUACUCAGGGCAAGAAAGCAAAACGCAAAGCUCGCGAGAAACAGCUCGAAGAAGCACGGCGUCUGGCUGCGUUACAGAAGCGCCGUGAAUUGCGCGCGGCAGGCAUUGAAGUUAAUCCGCGACGUAAAAAGAAACGUGGUGUCGAUUACAAUUCGGAAAUUCCUUUUGAAAAACGCCCUGCUAUUGGUUUCUACGACACUUCCACUGAGCACAUUGAUCCAACCGCGCCGGAUUUUCAAAAACUUCGUCAACAAAACCUGGAUGGCGAGUUGCGAUGCGAGGUUGAAGAACGCGAGCGCAAGAAGGACAAAGAGAAGCUCAAACAACGUAAAGAGAAUGACAUUCCGUUGGCUAUGCUACAAAAUGAUGAACCAGCACGCAAACGUUCUAAACUAGUAUUGCCAUCUCCACAAAUCUCCGAUCAGGAGCUCCAACAAGUUGUAAAGCUUGGCCGUGCCAGCGAAGUUGCACGUGAAGUUGCUGCUGAAAGCGGUGUGGAAACCACGGACACUUUGCUCAAUGAUUACUCGAUCACACCGCAGGUUGCGGCAACUCCGCGCACACCAGCUCCUCAAAGCGAUCGCAUUCUGCAGGAAGCCCAAAACAUGAUGGCGUUGACCCAUGUUGACACGCCACUUAAAGGUGGUCUUAACACUCCACUUCAUAAUCCCGACUUUAGUGGAGUUAUGCCGCAAAGUUUAGCUGUUGCUACUCCAAACACAGUUAUAACCACUCCGUUUAGAAGUACCAGGAGCGACGGUGGUGCGACUCCUAGUUCUACUUUUAUGACACCAAAAAGUGGUGCUGUUGUACCCGCUGGUCUUCAAAGUACUCCAACUCCUAUAAGAGAUAAGUUAAACAUCAACACCGAAGAUGCUAUAGCUGAGGCCAUGACACCAAUGUCAGCUUCUUCCCAGAAGUCCUUCAAGGAGCAGCUCCGAAUGGGUUUGUCCACUUUACCGCAACCUAAAAACGACUACGAAAUUGUAGUUCCUGAACAAGAAGAGGAAAAGAUCGAAGAGCCUCAACAAAUGCAAGUCGAAGAUCAAGCCGAUGUAGAUGAGAGACAACUGGAAGAUGAUCGUAAACGCGCUGCUGCUGAAUUAGCCCUUAGAUCACAGGUUAUCCAACGUUCCUUCCCACGACCCAGCGAAGCUAAUAUGUCUAUGUUGAGACCUGCAAACGAAUCGCAUUCUCUUUCAGAAAUCCAGAAAGCUGAAGAACUGAUUAAGAAAGAAAUGAUUACGAUGUUACACUACGACCAGUUGAAAAAUCCCGUGCCAACAACCGCAGCAUCCAAGAAGAAUAAUCAAGCGCAAGCUCAACAACUUGCUUACUUAGAACAAUAUCCCUAUGUGGAUCUCCGUAAGGAAGAACUAGAGCAAGCUAAAAUUGUACUGCAGCGCGAGAUGGAAGUCGUGAAGCAAGGCAUGAACCAUGGAGAUUUAUCAAUGGAAGCAUACACGCAAGUGUGGGAAGAGUGUUUAAGCCAAGUUUUAUUCCUACCCAAUCAAAAUCGUUACACGCGUGCAAAUUUAGCUUCAAAAAAAGAUCGCUUGGAGUCGGCUGAGAAACGAUUGGAAAUCAAUCGCAAUCACAUGAGUCGCGAAGCCAAACGCGCUGCUAAGAUGGAAAAGAAACUGCGGAUUCUCACAGGCGGGUAUCAGACUCGUGCGCAGACGCUGAUCAAACAAUUAUGCGAGUUGUACGAGCAGGCGGAUCAAUCUACGUUGGAGUUGAAUACGUUUAGGUUUUUACAGGAACAGGAGAAGCAGGCACUGCCGAGGAGAGUGGAUACACUUACGGAGGACGUGAAUCGCCAGAUUGAGAGGGAGCGGGCGCUGCAGGAAAAAUAUGGUGCUUUGCAAGAGGCGGUGAGAGAAGUGCAACUGAAGUAUCAGUAGCUUAGCAAUUUCGCAAUUCUUUGUCAAACAUUUAUAUAAAACGAUCUUUCAACGACUUUUUUGUUGUGAAAAUAAAGUAAUAACAGCAUU